AAUGAUCCCAGAAGUGAAAGUGACAUUAUUGAAGUGUGCAAAUUUGCAGAAGGGUCUGAUAUCUGAAGACUAGAUAUUACGAGAGCUUACAGAUCGAGCUUAGCUCCGAGCCAGAAGCAACAGUCCUCUGUACUCACAGGACGUAUGCCAGUAGGAAAUUGUGGAUUUAACUUGAUUCUGUCCCUUAACAUUCAUUGCAUGGUACAUCGCACAGUCACUGGCUUCCUAAGCUCGGCUCCGCAAUCGCUUCGGUUCCUUUGGGACUGACUGUAUUUGAGUGUUGUGACUCGUGAACCACUGGCAUUUUGGUUGUCCUUCGAAGGCCUCUUACCAGCUCUUGCGAGAAGAGCGCAUCAAGUUCACUGAACGUUAUUUUUGUGACUCGGGUCCAUAGAAGCGUGGAGUGGGAAAACAAUGUUUCAUGAUUCACUUUUUGUCAUUGAUACGAUAUUAGGUCAAGAGAAAUUUUAUUUUUGUCAUCUGUUGCUUCUGUUGGACAAAACAGAACUUUUGUAAGAUCAGAGCGAGACAUUCUUUGGUGAUGAAGUUGAUAAAAAAAGUUGGUGGUUCUGGAAAUCUCUUUUUGGAUAUAAGCAUCCCUGUAUGAUAACCUGAACAUAUUUUAAAUAAAAGAGGAUAUGAAGAGCCUUGAAGUGCUGGAAUGUGACACUGACUUUGUAGAUGUACUGUAGACACUGCCUCUAGAACUACUUCUUGCAAUUCCUAAUACCAUCCAUGAACCGGACUUUCCUUGCUUUUCAUUGAAAAGUGAAGCUUACAUGUACAUUCAUCAUGGUUCGGACAACUGCCAAAGCCCAAAAUGCUGCUUUGCGUCAUUCGAGGAUAAACCUAUUUGGGAGUGCAAAAGACUUGCACAAACUCGAAGCUUUGCAGGGGGAGAAAAACCAGGGCUUUGGAUGUUUGUAUAAUAACAUGAAACAUGGACAAACAUCUACCAAGGAACUGGCUGAAUUCUUCAAAGAAAGGUCGCUAAUCGAGGAUACGUACCACAAGAGUGUCAGCAAAUUGGCUAAAUCCACCAGUAAUUAUUCUCAGCUUGGGACAUUUGCUCCUUUCUGGACAGUGGUCAAGGCUGCUACGGACAAACUUGCUGCUUCACAUCAGAAACUAGUCCAGAAACUUCAAGAUAUUGUCAAAGACAUCCAUAAAUAUGGGGAUGAACAGCACAAGAAACACAAGACUGUCAAGAUUGAAGUCCAAAGCACAGCGGAUGUGGUCAACAACAUUCAAAGGACGACAGAUCUUGUUGCCUCGGCGAAGGAGCUUUACAACACAAGAUGCAUUGAGUUUGAGAAGCUGAAGAGGGAAGGCGUCACGGGUAAAGAGCUGGAGAAAGCAGAAACAAAAUAUAAGAAAACAUUGGAGGAGUAUAAAAAUCUGAUUGACAAGUAUGGUAACCUGAGAGAAGACUUUCAGAAGAAGAUGACAGAUACAUGUCAGAAAUUUGAAGCAUUAGAAGAGGCACACUUACAGCAACUCAAAGACUUCAUCAAGCAGUACAACAUUGCUGUCAAAGAUUGCCAUAACAGUGUACAAAAGGUGCAAAGAGAGUUCACAGAGCAGUGUGAGGAACUAACAGAAGUCAAACUUAUCUCAAUGUUCUCAGAGUCCAAGGGAACAGGCAAAGAAAGACCAGUUUUAUUAGAGUUUGAAGAAUGCGAUGUAUCCAAUAUCCCGAUGCCAGACCCCGAGACGACAAAGAAGAAGAAAAAGGUGAAGAAAGCAAAGAAAAAGAAAGAGAAAGAUGGAGAGUCACCUGGGAACUCUCCAGAUAUGCAACAGAGUAGCAACUCCUCCGAUCGCUCUGGCAGCAUCGGCAACGCAUCUUUAGGAUCGUUUAAAGAUUGCGUCACAGGGAAAGUAACAAACAACACUAAAACUAUGAGCACAUCCACUGUUGCCACAACUACCACAACGGCUAACAACACAACAACUACUCCCACCUCCCCUACCACUUCUACAUCGACCCCCACCACAUUGGCCCCGCCCACGACCACGCCCACAACCACAUCGCCGGGGCAACCAUCUCAAGCACCCUCCUCCAGCCCAAGUGUGUAUUCUAUGGGAUCUUUUCGCGAUCUGUCGGUGAGCACACCACAGGUUGACGAAGAAGGAUUCAGUAUCAAACCUGAGGAUAACAGAAUAGGUCACCAUCAUUUCGAUUCUGACUCUGAAAAGUCUGACUCGGAUUCUGACAGUGAAGACAGGACGAGACGGAUACGAGUGGAGAUCAAGCCUCGGGACGGCAACCUACCCAAGACGACAGCCACGGUAGACGAAAUCAAGAAGUCGCUUGGUGGUCUCACGUUAUCACCUCAACAGAAGCGGAGAGAAAAAACAAAUGGCGAUCUACAAGCCAGACGACAAACGGCAUUAAAUAGAAGCAGCAAUCAAUCCAAUUCUGCUGGAAACUUGUUGGACCUGGACCUUGACUUCUCCAGUCCGCCACGUAACCACACCAGCAACGCCACAACACCAGACAGCGCCUUGAGUCCUGACCUUUUCAGCAGCAGUUUCGGCGGAGACUCCUUCACGAGUCCCAGCCCGCAGACUCCGGUCGCCUCCUCGGGCAAAGAUACAGCCCGCCCUCACUCGGCAUGCAUUUUCAGAUAUUCUCGCGAUAUCGUACCUCGGCCGCGAUCGCACACGUCAAAUCUGCUCCAGAGUCCCACCACGUUGAGUGACGCGCUACCCCCUGCCCUACCGGCCAAGCAGAGACACAGCGUAGGAAGCACGUUCGCAGCAGCUGCAGCAGCAUCCUCCCAGAUCCCCAACAUCCCUGCCAGACCCCCAUCAAGACCUCAUAGUGGAAUGCAGUCCCCUACCCCAGGCAGUGGUGAUAACCCCGCCCUGCCCCGCCAAGACAGCAACUCAUCCCUCUCCGGCCUCUCCCCUUUCAAUAGCCACGGUGUCGUUGGGGGUUCCAGGGGACCCAGCCCCCUCACACUAGGAAUGAAUGAUACUAUACCUAUAGCAGCCGCCUUCACCGAAUCUGUCAAUGCGUACUUCAAAGGCAACGACCAAUUCAAGUGUAUGGUGAAGAUCACUGGUGACCUGAUGUUAUCCUUCCCAGCAGGCAUCAUUCAAGCGUUGACCUCUAACCCCCAACCCGCCAUGCUUGCCUUCAGAGUGAAGAACACUCAUAGAUUAGAUGUUCUCCCAAAUAAACAACUCAUAUCAGUUGAUGCUGCCCAGACGACGAGUGAGAGCACCGCCUAUGUCUUUAACAUGUCCAACCUUGUAACGUUAUUACGCCAUCAGGUUGAGAAGAAUGCUGCAGCAUCAUACUUCAAUGUAGAUAUCCUGAAAUAUCAAGUAAAAGCAGACUCUGAAGGCAAGUCAACGCCCCUUCAUCUGUGCAGCUACUGGAAGUGUGAUGCCACCACCACAGACCUGAGGGUGGACUAUGCCUACAACGCUAGCUCCAUGGACAAGGCCAAAUCUCUUACCAAUGUAUCACUCAUUGUACCGGUAGAUGGAGGCGUCAAAGUCAUGCAUUCAAAGCCACCAGCUACGUGGUCAUCAGAAAGCAAGAGAGUUCUUUGGAAGAUCGGCGAGAUCCCGCCCGGCGGUGAAUCCGGUACGUUACGAGCGAGGUUUGAGCUGGAAGAGGGGCCCAGUAAACCAGCUACGUUAGCAGUACAGUUCAGCAGUGAGGGCGCCACGCUGUCGGGCGCAGAUAUUGAACUGCUUAACACCUUCUAUAGAUUGUCAUUAGUCAAGAAAAGAUUCUGUACAGGAAAAUAUUUGUCGGAGAGCUAACAGUUGAUGAAGGAGAUAUCAUCGUCGUGCUUGGGUACUUUUGUUGAAUCAUAGCUGAGCUGUACGCUACCUGAUAUUCUCAUCUAUCAUAGAUUUACUCAACCAAAUCAGCAAACCACAUCAAUUUCCUGUUGCAUCUAUGAUGUCCGACAGUAGCUGCAAGAAUCUUCAAGAGUUGAAGAAAGAGUAGCUUGAAGAAGGAGAGGAAAGGGCUACCCAUUUAUGAUACAAUAAUACCUCAGUCGUAUUUGCUCUACGGCGGCCGUACGGCAAGUAAAAAACAGCCAUUUGUUU